CCGGUGCGCGCCCUGAGCAGGGAGUGGGCGGGGCCUGGGCCGACGCGCGCGCGCACGCUCCCCGUGCGACAUAAGCUCAAUACGCGCGGGUUCAGGCUCUUUGUGAGGAGGAGGCGGCGGCGGCAGAAUCCCAGCACACAGCACCGGACAGCGGCCUCAGCAUGGCAGACGACAAGCCCAAGGUUAGCGGGCCGGGGCCGGCGGGAGGGAGGGAGGGAGGGGCAGGGGGGGCACAGGGCCGGGCCGGGCUGGAUGUGGCGGCGGGGGGAGCUCGGAGGGAGCAGCCAUAGUAAAUAGCGCGCAGGCCUCCGCGAGAGAGAGAGCGGCGAUAACCCAUCGGCGGCCGGCAUGGAGAGGGGGGGCUCGCUGCAUCGGGGGGGGGGGAUUGAUUUCGGCGAUAACGGGCUCUGAGAGCCGCCUGCCCGGGUCUGGUAUUUACUAAGCGGCUCGGAGCGUGAGAUCGAUAGUACAUACGGCGAUAAGCACCACGCCGCGCUACAGAAACCCGGCUGUGCAAAAACAGCGCCAAAUGUGGGCACUGCCCCCCGAUAGGGGAAUGAAUGGGCACACACAGAAUAACAUCCUCAUCACCCAGGCUAAAUAGUAUACUAUGUGUGUGUAUGUGUGUGUAUAUAUAUAUUAUAAUAUGGUGGGCACUGCUCGCUAAUAGGGGAAUGGAUGGGGGGGGGGGGGCAGAAUAACAUCCUCACCCAGGUCUGCUAUUAAAGCAAUAAGUCUGACUAAGACUGGGGGGUAGUAUAUACUGCUGCUAAAUAGUAUACUAUAUAAAUAUACAUAAUAUGGUGGGCACUGCCCGUCCCCCAGUUUCCAGGGAAUGGGCAUCCGGUGGAAACAGAUUAACAUUUUAUCUCCCAUGUCUGCUUUUUAAGCAGUAUGAGUAAAGCCUGGGGGUGGGUGGUAGGUUGCUGGUAUCUAGUGUGUGUGUAUGUGUAUAUAUCUUGCAUGUGAGAUAGUGAAUUGCUGUAAGAAUGUAGGGAGGCAUGUGAACUAGUUUAUAUAGAAAGUGAUGAUACCUGUAAAUAACGUGGAUAUGGUGAUACUUUCCAAAAAAGUAAAAAAAAAAAGAAAUCUAAAAUUUAUAGGGUUUAGAAUGAUGGGGCUAUUGCCAAAAUAAAGGGUAGAUUGCCCAAAACACCCUGGGUUCUUGAAUUUUAAAGUUGCCCAAAGGCAAGGGUUCCUCUAAGAAGUGAAAGUUAUAAUUAAUCAGUAAUUAAGACAGUGAAGUAGAAAAAAUAAACCUUAUGAGGAUGCUUUAUUUUCAUAAGUAAUGGAUAUUUUUUUUCUGAUGCUUUUGUGUGUAAUUGUCCAGUUGUGUGUUUUUUUUGUUUGUUUUUUGAAUACUGGUUAUUGAUGCUUAUUUUAACCCCCCAGGAAGGUGUAAAAACUGAAAACAACGACCACAUUAACCUCAAGGUGGCUGGUCAAGAUGGCUCGGUGGUGCAGUUUAAAAUAAAGAGGCACACGCCUCUCAACAAGCUCAUGAAGGCAUACUGUGAACGACAGGUAACUGAAAUGACUUAAUUUGCUGGUAUUUUAUUACUGUAUAUGAAUAUAUUCAAUCCAAAUUAAGUAACAUGAGCGGGUCCAAGACGUUUCUGUAAAUGUUGUUUUAAAGUAAUGAAACAAAAAAGCCACCGUUUUGUUAUGUGCAGUAACGAUAUUUGCAAUUAGGUGGCGUUGUGCCUAUUUUACCAUGGAUGGUUGUACUUUUUCCAAUACAACCAUUCAUUCUACACUUCAAUUGAUUUACAACUUGUUACAUGCUGCUCAAGUGAUUGCUACUGUUUUUCUAAGUGUUUGGGUACACGUUUAAUAUAUAUAUAUAUAUUUUUUUUCUAGGGUUUGUCAAUGAGACAGAUACGAUUCAGAUUUGACGGGCAACCAAUCAAUGAGACAGACACACCAGCACAGGUAUGAUCAUAUAGGCAUUGAAUUGUUAAGACUACCUUACCUCAAACUGGGUCUGAGUGGCGCUGCUCGGCACAACCCCAUCUGCAUGGAAGCUUCAAAGCCUUUGAUUGGGGGAUUUAAAGGACUCUGCAUUCAUGCGUGCACUUUGUGCAUGCAAGGGAAGGGGUAUUUAAAGGUGUGGGAGGGAACACAGAUUUGGCGAGCAAGGGAAAAACUGUUGCGUCUGUCGGCAGGGUGCAGUUUAUGCUGACGACAGAUGUAACUUCUACCCUGAAUUGAAAUAAGGCACAUGCAAUAUAAACUUGUCCCAGCGCACAUUAAAUUAUCUCUGGAUGUGCAGUGUUUUUAAGCUAGAACACUGCACAUUCAAACUCCUACCACCAUGAGCUCUGCAAACAGCAAAAGGGGUCAUGGUGGUUGGCAUUACCAUUUAAAGGAACAUUAGUGUUCAUUUCCUACCCCCAUAAUCAUCAAACUGUUAAACUCCAAACACUUAACUGAUUUAAAUGCUGAGGUCCCUCCGCGCUGGAUCGGUCUCAAACAUCGGUGCAAUCAGGGAACCUAAUGCGCAUGUGGGGCUUGCUGCACAUUAAGCCUUUCCAAUAGGGGGUUUUAUAUACUCCAUUCUUUCCCAUUGCAUUUUGCAAGAUGCUGGACAUCAGCGUUGUUUUGCGUUAAACUCUGAAAUGCCAGGCAGUCCCUCUAGUGGCUGUCUAGUAGACUGCUACUAGACGCUAUCUUAACCAUGUAAUGUCAAUAUUGGAGUUUCUCUAACCACAAUUGCAGGCUUAAGUGGACUGGGACACUACACCCAGACCACUUCAAUGAGAUCUUCUGGGUGCCUGUAGCAUUGGUAAACUCCUAACAUUCACAUGCUAAACUUACAUGGUGCUUCAGACAAGACAACAGCAGAACUGACUGCUAGAUGACAUACACCGGUAUUUCAUCCUUCUCGUGUGAAUCACUAAUAAAACUGUAAAAAAAAAAAAAAAUUCACCAACCUACCGUGCAUUGGUCAGCCACAACAUUAAAACCACCUGCCUAAUACCGUGUAGGUCCCCUGUCAAAACAACUCUGAAGUGUUGAGACAUGGACUCCACAAGACCUCUGAACGUGUCUUUUUGGUAUCUGGCACCAAGACAUUAGCUUCCUUUCAGUCCUGCCGGUUGAGGCGGUGCCCCCAUUGAUCGGAUUUGUUCCAGUACAUCCCACAGAUGCUCAAGCGGAUUGAGACUUGGGGAAUUUGGAGGCCAAGGCAACCCAUUGAACUUUGUCAUGUUCUGCAAACCAUUUCUGUACAAUUUUUGUAGGGUGCCUUAUCCUGUUGAAAGAGGUCACAGCCAUCCGGGAACAUCAUUGUCAUAAAGGGGUGUACGUGGUCUGCAACAAUCUCUUGGUAUGCAGUACAUGUCAAAGUAAAAUCCACACAAAUGUGUGGACCCAAGGUUUACCAGCAGAACACUACCUCCUUCCAUCUGCUUUCUUCCCAUAAUGCAUCCUCCUGCCAUCUGUUCACAGGUAAACAGCGCACCCGGCUAUCAACCAAUCUAAAAAAAGUUUGAUCCAUCAGACAAGGCAGCCUUCUUCCAUAUCUUCUUCCAGUUCUGAUGCUCAUGUCCCCAUUGAAGACUCAUUCAGCGGUGGACAGAGGGUCAUUGUGGGCACCAACCUUUUUGCGUCUAACUGUAUACUGCGAUGCACUGUGUUCUGACCCUUUUCUCAUUUGUAGCGUUAAAAAGAUACUAUAGUCGCCCAAAGCAGACCACAUCUCAUUGACGUGGUCUGAGUGCAGUGUCACAGUCCCACUUAGUCCUGAAAUGUAAAUCAUUCCAGUUUUUGAAUCUCAUUACAUUGCAGGACUAAGACUGCCUUUAGUGGCUCAGUGAGCCACUUCCUGUUGGCUAGGAGCAUUUGGUCAUUUUAACUGACACUCGAUGUCCUCAUGUUCUGCGUGAGGACAUCCAGCGUUUGUUACAUCUCCACGGGAAAGCAUUGAAGCUCUCUGGUGACGUCGGAGGAGGCAUAGCGCAGAGUGAGAUCAGAUUUGUAUUCUUUACACUAUAGAUUCCCUUUAAAGGAUCACUAUAGGGUCAGGAACACAAACAUUUAUUCCUGACCCUAGUGUAAACACCACUAUCUAGCCCCUCAUGCCUCCAUAAAUAUAGCAGAAUCUUACUGUAUGCAAGCCUGAAGCUGUAUCUCUGCAUGCUGUUAUACUCCGAAAAACAAGCAGUCUGCUGACCUCGUUAGAAGUGGUGACCUAAUACGAUCACAAUACUUCCCCAUAGGAUUGGUUGAGAUUGACAAAGAGGCAGAGCCAGCACAAUUCAAACACAGCCCUGGUCAAUCCGCAUCUCUUAAUAGAGAUGAAUUGAAUCAAUGAAUAUCUGAGGAAAAUUCAGGGUUUUCCUCCCUCAUGAAGCAUAAUGAAGCAUAGUGGAUGGUGCAGACAUUGCACUUAAUUUUGUGAACAAGGGUGUACAGAUAAUCUAGAGAGAGUGUAACUGGGCAAUGGAUGCUGGGAUUUUGUCACACUGCUCAAUUUGGCUGAAGACUGAGCUUGGUGGCUGCAUUAACCUGUAUUAUAAGGGUAGGGGCAUCCUUAGGGCACUAUAGUGUCAGGAAAACCACUUUGUUUUCCUAACCCUAGUGAUCCUUUAAGUGCAGUACAUAGGUUAGUUAUGCUGGGUGGGUUUUAAUUAAUCUUGUUUUACGUAGCUUUGAUCAGUAGCCCAGCUCUGUCACUCCCUUAUAUCUUACUGUAUUUCCCCUUUUUCCUUUAAUAUAGAACGUUGUGGUGUCAUCUCUUUAAUUUUUGGAAUAUAUGUUUGUUUUCUUAACAUUAGUGACCAGGUGGCUAUUAACAUUAAUGGGUUCAAUUAGAAGUUUAUUCCUCUGAUGUGCCAGUCUCGCUAUAACCACUCCUCAAGUUUCCCUGGGGAAAGUGAUGGAAACCAUGUUAAAGGAUAGGAUUGAUGAACAUCUAAAAACACAUGGAUUUCAAGAUCAGAGACAACAUGGGUUUACUUCAGGGAGAUCAUGCCAAACUAAUCUUAUUGAUUUUUUUGAUUGGGUAACUAAAAUUAUAGAUCAGGGUGGUGCAGUAGACAUUGCUUACCUAGAUUUCUGUAAGGCUUUUGACACUGUUGCACAUAGAAGGCUUAUCAAUAAACUGCAAUCUUUAAGUUUGGAUUCCAAUAUUGUUGAAUGGGUAAGGCAGUGGCUGAGUGACAGGCAACAGAGGGUUGUAGUUAAUGGAAUAUAUUCAAGCUUGGACUUGUCACCAGUGGGGUACCUCAGGGAUCUGUACUUGGACCCAUUCUCUUUAAUAUUUUUAUUAGUGAUAUUGCAGAAGGUCUUGAUGGUAAGGUAUGUCUUUUUGCUGAUGAUACCAAGAUAUGUAACAGGGUUGAUGUUCCAGGAGGGAUAAGCCAAAUGGCAAAUGAUUUAGGUAAACUAGAAAAAUGGUCAGAAUUGUGGCAACUGACAUUUAAUGUGGAUAAGUGCAAGAUAAUGCAUCUUGGACGUAAAAACCCAAGGGCAGAGUACAGAAUAUUUGAUAGAGUCCUAACCUCAACAUAUGAGGAAAGGGAUUUAGGGGUGAUUAUUUCUGAUGACUUAAAGGUAGGCAGACAAUGUAAUAGAGCAGCAGGAAAUGCUAGCAGAAUGCUUGGUUGUAUAGGGAGAGGUAUUAGCAGUAGAAAGAGGGAAGUGCUCAUGCCAUUGUACUGGUGAGACCUCACUUGGAGUAUUGUACACAGUACUGGAGACCGUAUCUUCAGAAGGAUAUUGAUACCUUAGAGAGGGUUCAGAGAAGGGCUACUAAACUGGUUCAUGGAUUGCGGGAUAAAACUUACCAGGAAAGGUUAAAGGAUCUUAACAUGUAUAGCUUGGAGGAAAGACGAGACAGGGGGGAUAUGAUAGAAACAUUUAAAUAUAUAAAGGGAAUCAACACAGUAAAGGAGGAGACUAUAUUUAAAAGAAGAAAAACUACCACAACAAGAGGACAUAGUCUUAAAUUAGAGGGACAAAGGUUUAAAAAUAAUAUCAGGAAGUAUUACUUUACUGAGAGGGUAGUGGAUGCAUGGAAUAGCCUUCCAGCUGAAGUGGUAGAGGUUAACACAGUAAAGGAGUUUAAGCAUGCGUGGGAUAGGCAUAAGGCUAUCCUAACUAUAAGAUAAGGCUAGGGACUAAUGAAAGUUUAUAGAAAAUUGGGCAGACUAGAUGGGCCGAAUGGUUCUUAUCUGCCGUCACAUUCUAUGUUUCCCCUGCUGAGAUCUGAUUACCUCGUGGUGGACUUAGUGCAGGUGCACAUCAAUUAGCAUUUCCAGAAGGGUGAUGGAAGCCCCUCUGGUGGAAGUGGCAGCCACUAGAGGUGGUGUUCAAUAACAAAUGUAAACCCUUACUUUUCCCCGAAGCAUAAGUUUGAAGCGUGGUUGUUGGCUUUAUUCACCUGGAAAUAUUGAAUGAUGGCUUGCUAAAAUUUCUGCACUGCUGGGAUUUAGUGGAUACAUUUUAGUUUUCUUACGUAGAAAGUUUUACGGAGUAUCACAUCUGGCUGAAUCCACUUUCUCAUCUGCAAUGUGUUUAUCGAUUCUGUGGAUUCAUCUAAAUAACCCUCUGCCGCUUUCUGGACUAAAAAGUUUGACUUGUUCUUAGUGUCACUUGGAAGAGCUUAUGGAAGUUCUCGGGUUUAAAAUAUUUGCAUAUCCCUAUAUUUAAAUUGACACUUACCUCAUUGAAGUGGUCUGGGUGCAGUCCCCCUGUCCUCUUAACCCUGCAGUGUAAACAUUGUAAUGUUUACCCUUGACAGUGCCUUGUCUGAACUGUAAAUGAUGUAUCUUGUAUUAUCUUUAAAGAUGCUCUGUCACUUCUAUGUAUUUAAAGGGACACGUAGACCACUUAGGCUCAUUGAAGUGGUCUGGGUGCCAUGUCCCUUAACCCUGCAGUGGUAAUUGUUGCAAUUUCUUAGAAACUAUUAGAAUUGCCUCUGAGGGUUAACUCCUCCUCUAGUGGCUGUCUACCAGACAUCCACUAGAGCAGGGGUUCCCAACCCAGUCCUAAAGUACCCCCCUACCAGUCCAGGAUUUAGAGAUUACCCUGUUGUCUGAAGUGUUUAGGUUUCGUGUACUUGAGGACUGGGUUGGGAACCCCUGCACUUCCGGAAUUGAAAUGGACCUUUGGUCGGUUAUCUGAUGCUGCACAAUCUACGUUCUACGUGAGGACCUCCAGCAUCAGAUUUUUUUUUUUUUUCCUGGCACUAUAGAAUCCAUUUAAUAAAAAUAGUCUUUAUGAAAUACUGCUGACUGAAUUUCAUUGAAAUUCCAACACAAUAAAGAUACAAUCAAGUAUGGUCUAUUUGUGGUAAAUCUGAGGUUGUCGAAAAGCAGAGCUCUGCAGUCAGAUUGUCUAAUCCUAGCAGUUGUCUCAAGUGAUGGCUGUGGAAUUCAUUUGAGGUCUAGCUCAGAGGUUCCCAACCCAGUCCUCGAGUACCCCUUAACAGUUGUCUGUGUUUGUUUGUUUUUUUUUUUCUCCUUCUAAAAACACCUUGGACACAACAGGAUAAUUCCUAAAUCUUGGACUGUUAGGGGGUAUUUGAGGACUGAGUUGGGAACCACUGGUCUAGCUCAUUGAAUGACAUAAUGGAGACUCUUGUGGUAUCCUCAGACCUCAGUGUUGUAGUCUUUCAUAUGUGUGAGAUUACCCUACCGACAAGACUCCCGGCAAACGAAGCACCAGAAGCCAACAAAGAUGGUGGCAAGAUGGACAUCUUCAUGAAAGUAAACCUACCUUCCUCUGCCACCUGACUUUAACUGGCGGUGCACCUUCAGGGCUGUCUGCUAAAUAUGCAAAGUGACAGUUCAGAUUUAAUAUGAAGUUAAAAUAAAACCACAUUUAAUUAAACUGAUAGGUAGUGAUGUCUUGAACGGUUCGCAGCGGACUCAUCAUUGAGUAAACUUUGACCCUGUACCUCAGUCAGCGGACACAUUCCAGCCAAUCAACAGCUGACCCUCCCUCCCACCUCCUGGACAGCAUCCAUUGUGAAGCUGCAUUCUUAGUGAGCUGUCCAGGAGGUGGGAGGGAGGGUCUGCUGUUGAUUGGCUGGAAUGUGUCUGCUGACUGUGAGGUACAGGGUCAAAGUUUACUCAAUGAGUCCGCGGCGAACAGUUCGGGACAUCACUACUGAUAGGUGGGUUUUUUUUUUAUAAAAUCCAGAGAAGUGACUGUUCAUCUAUAACAUUUUAAAGCACAUCGGAUUUUGAUGGUAUGAACUUAAUACAUAUAGGGUGUACAUCUUUAUUUGACUUGUACAAUUCUCUUGCUUACUGUUGGUCUCAAUGACGGUUGUGUAAUGAAAGUAUUGAAAGUUAGCUACUUGGCUUUGUGUAGACUUGUAUAUUGUAGUCCAUUUGAGGUGCAUUUGGUUUUUAAAGUGGAGAAAAAUAAUUAAAAAGGAAUUGAAGGUGGGGUUUUUUUUUUUUUUUUUUUUGUAUUUUUAAAAUGAGCCAUUCUAGACAAUUUGCGGCUGUCUCUUUUGGUGAUUUUUAAAAUGGUAUUGCCUUUUUGUUUAAAUAAAUUUUAUAUUUAAAAAAAAAAAAAAAAAAGCCUUGCUCAUCUUUGCUGUCAAGCCUGUUGUACAUCUUCCCAAACUUUGUAUUGUUAUUGGUAUUCUAGCUUGUUUUCUAGAAUGUUUUGGCACUGUUCCAAUUUAAUUUCAAACUGUGUAGGUCUAUGAAAAAACCAAUGACCAGUACAGUAAGUGAUCACUGAUUGCAAUUUUGUGCAAUAUGGAUAUACCUGGUGGGACUCACAUCUUGUUUAUGAUAGUUUAAAUCCUCUUUUUGAAAAGGACACACUUGUAAUGGAUUUCCAGGCUUCAAUGUAGUGUGAAUGAUUUUUUUUUUUUUUUAAAUAUGGGUUUAACUGCAUAUUAAGUUUUGAUAACUUUUUUUUUUCUUUUGCUCUUCUCAGUUGGAAAUGGAGGACGAAGAUACAAUUGAUGUAUUCCAGCAGCAGACUGGCGGAACCUUCUGAGAUAAAGCUUCGCUUAUUCGGCUUCUCACCUGCUGCCUCCACAGUUCCACAUCCAAACUUUGUUCACCUACAUCCCCCUCCAUUCUUUACUGUAAAUAAAUAUUGGGUGGGUGUGUGUCAUUCUAGGAGUUAAAUCUAUAUAUUUGUUUUGGUUUUUUAUUUUUAUUUUUUUUUCCUGACAACCAUCAAGUACUUUUGGACCAAGUAAAUGCUGAGAUGGUAGAUUGGUGUCUGGCAUAAUCUCACAAUCUGCUUUUGGUUUUCAUGUGCUUUCUCGUUUACUCUAGUAAAUUAUUUUACCUUUUUUAUCAAUCCACUUUUUUUGUUUUUGUUUAUCUCUGCAGCAGAUUAACUUUACUGUGAGUGGGUUAAUCUUUGCCGUUUUUUUGUUUUUGUCCCACAAUUCUUUGAAUGUGCUUCUGGUUGUCAAAGAAAUCAAGGCAUAUUGAAAGGAGCAAACCUAUUCGAUUUGGAUUAUAUAUUUUUUUUUUUUUUUUAACCAAUGAUUUUAUACCUUAUUUUUUGUAUGUAGCUGUUACAUGUAGCCAGGUGAAUAACUAGGAAAUAUAUAAAAAAACAAACAAACACAUUUUAGGUAGUUUUUCCCUUAAAGAUCUGACAUCUUGUUGUUUAAAUAAAUCUUGUUUAAAAUAAAUUGUACAUGUUGUGC